AGUGAGUGCGCGGACGAGAAAGGAGGGCGCUUCAGGCGAAAGCACUGCAGACGCCAUUAUCCUCUGUUUCUCUGCUGCACCGACCUCGACGUCUUGCCUACUUCCCGCUUAUUUGCGGCCUAUAGGCUACUACAGCACUAGGGUGUCAGUUGGUCCCGCCCAGAACACUUCAGUUCUGCUCUGGAAGGAUAUAUUUAAUAACUGAUUGGUGUGUCCCUUGAACACAAGAAAAUGGAAACUGAACAGCCAGAGGAAACCUUUCCUAACACCGAAACCAAUGGCGAAUUUGGUAAACGCCCUGCUGAAGAUAUGGAAGAGGAACAAGCUUUUAAAAGAUCUAGAAACACUGAUGAGAUGGUUGAAUUACGAAUUCUGCUUCAGAGCAAGAAUGCUGGGGCAGUGAUUGGAAAAGGAGGCAAGAAUAUUAAGGCUCUCCGUACAGACUACAAUGCCAGUGUUUCAGUCCCAGACAGCAGUGGCCCCGAGCGCAUAUUGAGUAUCAGUGCUGAUAUUGAAACGAUUGGAGAAAUUCUGAAGAAAAUCAUCCCUACCUUGGAAGAGGGCCUGCAGUUGCCAUCACCCACUGCAACCAGCCAGCUCCCGCUCGAAUCUGAUGCUGUGGAAUGCUUAAAUUACCAACACUAUAAAGGAAGCGACUUUGACUGCGAGUUGAGACUGUUGAUUCAUCAGAGUCUGGCAGGAGGAAUUAUUGGAGUCAAAGGUGCUAAAAUCAAAGAACUUCGAGAGAACACUCAGACAACAAUCAAGCUUUUCCAGGAAUGUUGUCCUCAAUCUACUGACAGAGUCGUUCUUAUCGGAGGAAAACCUGAUAGGGUUGUAGAGUGCAUAAAGAUCAUCCUUGAUCUUAUAUCAGAGUCUCCCAUCAAAGGACGUGCUCAGCCUUAUGAUCCCAAUUUUUAUGAUGAAACCUAUGAUUACGGUGGUUUUACAAUGAUGUUUGAUGACCGCCGUGGACGUCCUGUGGGAUUUCCCAUGCGGGGAAGAGGUGGUUUUGACAGAAUGCCGCCUGGUCGGGGUGGGCGUCCCAUGCCUCCCUCCAGAAGAGAUUAUGAUGAUAUGAGCCCUCGUCGAGGACCUCCUCCACCCCCUCCCGGACGAGGUGGCCGGGGAGGUAGUAGAGCUCGGAAUCUUCCUCUUCCACCACCACCACCACCUAGAGGAGGAGAUCUAAUGGCCUAUGACAGAAGAGGAAGACCUGGAGACCGUUACGAUGGCAUGGUUGGUUUCAGUGCUGAUGAAACCUGGGAUUCUGCAAUAGAUACAUGGAGCCCAUCAGAGUGGCAGAUGGCUUAUGAACCACAGGGUGGCUCUGGAUAUGAUUAUUCCUAUGCAGGGGGUCGUGGCUCAUAUGGUGAUCUUGGUGGACCUAUUAUUACUACACAAGUAACUAUUCCCAAAGAUUUGGCUGGAUCUAUUAUUGGCAAAGGUGGUCAGCGGAUUAAACAAAUCCGUCAUGAGUCAGGAGCUUCGAUCAAAAUUGAUGAGCCUUUAGAAGGAUCCGAAGAUCGGAUCAUUACCAUUACAGGAACACAGGACCAGAUACAGAAUGCACAGUAUUUGCUGCAGAACAGUGUGAAGCAGUAUGCAGAUGUUGAAGGAUUCUAAUGCAAGAUAUUUUUUCUUUUUUAUAGUGUGAAGCAGUAUUCUGGAAAGUUUUUCUAAGACUAGUGAAGAACUGAAGGAGUCCUGCAUCUUUUUUUUUUUAUCUGCUUCUGUUUAAAAAGCCAACAUUCCUCUGCUUCAUAGGUGUUCUGCAUUUGAGGUGUAGUGAAAUCUUUGCUGUUCACCAGAUGUAAUGUUUUAGUUCCUUACAAACAGGGUGGGGGUGGGGGAGGGUGUGCAAAAACUAACAUUGAAAUUUUGAAACAGCAGCAGAGUGAGUGAAUUUUAAUUUUUGUUCAUUGUUGGUGGUUAAAGAAGUCCCCCCAUGUAAUUAUUGUGAACACUUUGCUUUGUGGUCACUGUAACAUUUGGGGUGGUGGGACAGGGAGGAAAAGUAACAGUAGUCCAUAUAUCCCUGGCAUCUAUUCAGAGCAGUGUGCAGAAUGUAAUGCUCUUUUGUAAGAAACGUUUUAUGAUUUUUAAAAUAAAUUUAGUGAACCUA